AUAGACACUGGCCAAGCGGCUAGCGGCAAAUUGUGCGCUGAGCGUGUGAAACAAAUGUUAACGGCAUUUUGAAUAAUUGAAAAGCGUGUGCAUAAACUAAAACUGCACUGUGUGUUUCAGCCAAAUUGAUUGCGCAUGCAAGCCUCAAAAAGAAAAGUUAAAAAAGAAAAUAGAAUAAAAAAUUUUGUUGCAUGCUCUUAGGCAAAAGCAUUCUUGAUUGAUAUUCAUUGUGUAACUGUGUGUGUGUGUGUGUUGCUACGAAAUUGAUUAAAGCGCGCGCGUGCAUAGUUCUGUGUCUAGUUCAAUUAGUUAAAAAGAAUGUGCCAAGCCCAGCAUUUUUGCUGCUGCUGCUGCUAACGAACGAACUGUACACGGCGACUGCCAAACGAUCACUGAGCGCGUUUCCUCAAGCGAGCAACUGUUAAUGCUAACUGGGCCCACAACUUGACCUAAGACGUGGCAGGCAUGUAAAAGCUGCACUACUUACAAUGUGGGGGAGCAGAAACUGGCACAACAACUUUAAAAGUACAAACCAAGUGCCACAGCGUGGCAACAAUGCAAAAUGCGCUGUCAGCAGUUGCAACAUUAAAAGCAAGUCAACAGCAGCUUAAAACAUAAUACGCUAAAGCCAACGUUAAAGCAGACAAACGAAAGACAGCAACAGACUGAGUGUAAGAGCGAGCGAGCGAGACAAACAAAAGCAAUUGCUGUACGACAAGAAAUCUUUUGUUGUAAUUAGUGGGCUGCGCGCAAACAGACAACGAACUACAGGCGGCAGCUAAUGCGGAAACGGAAGUGCAGACGCAAUGAAAGUAAUAGGCAACAAUUCAGCUCUAAAUGUUUCUUAGGCAGCAGCAGCAGUCACAACAGCAGCAGCAGCAGCAGCAGCAACAGAUGCAACUGCGAUCAUGUGUGACGUUGAGAAGGCAAUCAAAAGCCAUCAAGGAGCUGACAACCAAGAUGCUGAGGACGACGAUGAAGAGCAGCAGGAGCAAGCCGAGCGGCAGCAGCUACAACAACAACAGCGACAACGACAACAGUCUGGCGUUGGAUCCCAGCGCUGUUUAUCGCAGCUGCUUAAGCUGCUGUUCUCAGCGCCUGGACUGGUGCUGCUGGUCGCUUGCUAUGCAGUGCUGGGCGCUUUAAUAUUUCCGCUGCUGGAAGCGCCACAGGAUCUAAGCAAGUCCGCUGCCAUUGCCAAAAGCCGCGAGGAUUGCCUACGUGAGCUCUGGAUCAUUACGGAGAAACUAAACGUGCUGUAUGAGCGCAACUGGACGAUGCUGGUGCACGAGCAGCUGCGUCGCUUCGAGGGCAGCAUUGUGGCAGCAACACGUCCUGGCAGUGCGGCAGCUGUAGCCCAAGGCCAGGGCAAUGCCUUGGGCUACUUUGGCUAUGAUGCUGGCGAUGCGCAUAGCUGGAGUUUCAGUGAGGCGCUGCUCUAUUCGCUGACUGUGAUAACGACCAUUGGCCACGGCAGCUUAACACCGCGCACAUCGGCCGGCAAGCUGGCAACAAUAUUCUAUGCGCUCUUUGGCGUGCCCUUGAUGCUCAUGUGCCUGUCCAGCUUGGGUGCAUUGCUGGCCGAAGGAUUGCAGUGCCUCUAUCUGCGUGUCUGCUGUCAGCUGCAGCGUGUGCAGCAAAAGCAAAAGCUGGGCCAUGCAACGCAGCAACGACGUGGGGCCAAUUGCAAGGGCUGCAAAUACGAUGCGGCCCAGAGCGAGACCAGCCUGAACGAUUGCUAUGAUUAUGAGCAAAAGCUGACAACGGCGACGACGACGACGACGACGACAACACUUAAGCAAGAAGAUGCCUGUCAAUUGUUGCGCACUGCAAUGCCAAGCAAGUUGAAUCAGCAGCAGCAACAGCAACAGCAGCAGCAGCAACCGGAUGUCAUGCUAAUGACAACAACAACAGCAGCGGGAAAUACAUUGCUGAAAUAUGCACCGUUGCCACAGCAGCAGCAGCAGCAGCAACAACAACAACAGUCAAUGCAUUACAUAAACGCCACGCAGCAGCAGCAAUUAUCGACAGCAACGCUGCCGCGACAACAUGCACAGAAUUUCGUUGCAGUGCCCAGCAGCAUGCUGCGUUUCAAUGCCGCGCCAGCCGCGUUGCCACUAGGAGCGCCACCGAAUUGUUAUGCGCCAGCAACAGCAACGAUUUACUUUCCAUUUGCGCCAACAGCAGCAGCAGUCGCAGCAGCAGCAGCAACGACGGGCCAGCAACCGUUGGUUAAGUAUCAUACGAUACACUUGCAGCCCGCUGCCAAGCAACAGCAACAGCAGCAGCAGCAGCACUGCUUGCUUACCACACUGGAUGCAGCACCAACAGCUGCGACAGCAAUGCAACACAAUGCGGAGCUAACUGCAACCACUUUGGAGAGCAUCACCUUGCCACCACCGCCAGCCUAUCAGACGAACAAUAUGCAUGCUGUGCGUCGCGCCAAGUUGUUGACAAAGCCUUUGGCGCAUGAAAUCAAUACACAUCAGUUUGCUAGUGUUGCCGCAACAGGAUCGAGUGAUUUAACCAACAGGCAUGAUUUAUUGCCGCAUGCAUUAUCUACAACAGCAACAGGCACGGCAACAACAACGGCAGCAGCAGCAACAACGCAGAGCCCGCAGCUGUCGACGGGCAUUAAAACAACUGCAACAAUGGGCGAUAACAGUUUUAUGGCCGCAGGUGUCUGUGGCAGUGGCCAUGCGGCAACUGCAGCAACAGCGCCCACAACAGCAGCAGCAACAUUGUCGGCGCUGCUCAGCUCAACUGGCCAUGUGGACAUUAUGGAAGACGAGGAUGAGCACGAACGUGAGCGCUCGAGCAACUGCGCGCACGGCACGCCCUCGCGUGUGCCACUCAUAGCCAGCACUGCGCUCAGCCUGCCACACGAGCUGCCGCCAGCAGAGAAGUCGGCCCAACAGGCACGUGGCCUGUUGCAGCCGCUCAACCGCAAGACUUUGCUACUAACGCGCCGCUGUCAGAAGCAUGCCACGCUCUAUGCCAAUGCGGAGACCUCCGAUGAUGAGGAGUACAUGCAGCACGGCAGCGAGCAGUUUGUGCUCAAGAAGCUGCGCCACAAUUGCACUGGAGCUGGCGCUGCCAAUGCCCAGGAGUGUCUGGAUGAUUGCCAGCAAUGUGAAGAUGUGGAUGAUGAUGAUGCCGAGCUGCUGCAGCAGCAGGUGCCCAUUAGCCUAGUGCUGCUCAUACUCAUGUGCUAUAUAUGCGUGGGCACUGUUGCCUUUGCUUUGUGGGAGAACUGGUCGCUAGUGGAUGGCGCCUACUUUUGCUUUGUCACACUCUCGACCAUUGGCUACGGCGACUUUGUGCCCACGCGCAGCUUCAAUGGCCCAGAGCUGCAGCUGUACGCCUGCUGUGCGUAUUUGCUGCUCGGCCUGGUGCUCGUCGCUAUGUCCUUUAGCAUACUGGAAACGCAGCUCAUGUGGAAAUGCAAACGCAUUGCAGUGCGACUGAAGCUCACACGAGCCGGCGAUUAAGGCAACAAGCAGAACAGACACGCUAUAGAGUAACGGCACUCCUAUUAGUGUUAGAGACAUACUGAACUAAACUAAUCAAGUGUAUGAUACAAUUUAAGCUAAUAUACAUAACAUACAUGUCAUAUG